AUGGCCUCCACCAAUACUGAGGCUUCCCCGACUCCGCCGGCAACUGCCCUCUCUCCAUUCUUUCGCACCCUUCCUCCCUUACUCCCCCUUCACUCUUGGUUUUCUGGACCGUCUACUAUGAAUAACGACUCAGGCGUUCAGUUCGUGGCCGCCCGGCCCCGGAAGCGGGACCAUCGUGAAAUGACUGAAUCCCAUAGCCGCCAGUCCUGGCGACAAAACGCCGAAGCGUCGUCCUCUAGAUCCCAUCCGCGGCGACCGUCCUCGCCACCACCACCGUUACGAUACCCCGGAGACGGCCUCGACUUCCGGAGACCUGCGCAGAGCACCGCACAGGGUGCCGUUAUCGAUCUCACGAACGAGCCAGAUUCACCUCCGCAGACCUUUCAGUCCCGGGGUACGAACACAGGGGGUCGAUCUAACACACAACCACGACCCCCUCGUUUCGGCAGACCAAUCAUGACUGAGGUAGUAGACCUGGAAGAAGAGCCGGAAGCCAGUGGACAGGCACCCAGCUCGCCUGAGGUCCAAUUUAUAGGGUCAUCUGUUCGUCCGCCUCUCGCACGCCCACGCGAACACAAUUUCGGCAACGACCUCCUGCAAAUGCUGCAUCUCCACGACCCCCGGAUCCAUGGGGUCCCGCGCCGAGAUGUCUUCAGGGAAGAGGUUGCGAGACGAGCACGGCAAAUUGCCCGACACCCUCCUUUGGACGUGGAUGCAAUCUGGGUGGGAGGGCCGGGCAGUGCGAUGGAUCUGACCAGUUUCAACCUGGACAUGGAUCUCAUGUUUCGAAACUUUACAACGCCGCCCGACAGAGGACCGCCUGCCAGUUCAUAUAAACCCCCCAGCCCAGCACCGGAGGGAUUCACGAGAACGGUGGGAGAAGACGAGGUUGUGUGUUGCCCGAACUGUGACGCGGAGCUAGGCGUCGGCGACGACACAAAACAACAGAUUUGGGUGGCGAAGCAAUGUGGUCACGUAUACUGUGGCGAAUGUGCAACCCAUCGGUCGAAAUCGAGCGCAAAGAAGGCCGCCAGUCAACGAGUCAAGCCCUUCUCUAAAUGUCAAGUCUUUGACUGCGGCAAGUCAGUCAGUGCACCGAAAGCGAUGUUCCAAGUCUUUAUUUAG